ACAAACGCAACGUUGUCACACUAUAAAGGACCACAUUACGUGCGAAGGCAAAUUGUCACACUUCGAUUCAAUAUCUCCUGCAAACUAGACUGCUACCGGACCACUUCCGAAAUACUGAAAGUUUAAGUGAUUAUUUUGAAGGAAGAUUAAGAUAUUAAAAUGGCAUUGGAUAUGAAGGGUACGGACUCCGAAGGAGCAACCAGCAAGCAUACUCUUGAUAAAGAGGGCUUCCAUGUCGUAGUGGACGUAGUUUUUUCCAGGGAGUCGAUAAUUGUGAAAAUGCCGAAUGCCAAUAAGCUUAUGGCGCAGUCGACUGCAAAAGUUGAUAUUGCAAUUCAGAUAACCAGUGGAAACGUGAAGGUGACUACAAACGCGGGUGCAUCUGCUAAAAAAGUGCGAGGAAUUGAUGGUCUUAACAAACGUUUGUACAUUACCAACGCUGCAUCCGGCUCUGUAUUAGAUGGCCAUACUUACACCAGAGCAUUGACUGAGAACUUGGCCGAAAAUGUUAUAGAAUCAGUUAUACGUGAGCAGAGCCUUGACAAUGAAGAUGAGAUAGGCAGUAGCUUAGUCAACGUCGGUUCCGUGGCUAAGAAUUACGUUCUUGGCAUGAAUGUAAACAAGAUGAUAAUAAAUGGAUCUAUUCAAAAUGCAUAUAUGAGUGAUGAACAGUGCAAAAUGUUUUGUAACACUGUGGUGUUGGAUGACGCGCAGGAUACGCAUGCUCCUGCCUGUGGUGCACAAGUGACCGAUUUGUAAACUUCAACAAGAUGGCGUUCACUAUCGCUUACAAUAUUGUUCUUUCAUAUUGUCAACUUUAUAUUUUUUUUCA